ACGGUGUCGGACCGUCCGACUGUCUGCGGAACUAUAGACUGGGUUGCUGAAAGUAGGAGGUUGAUGCAAGUUCGACGUUCAGCAAUAAAGGCAAGCUGCUGAGAAGACAUGAUCCAUGCAGUCCUGAUAUUCAAUACGUCUGGUGUACCUCGACUGACCAAGUUCUACAGCCCCAUACACCAUUCAUCCCAGACACUCGUACAGAGGAUAUUCUCCUUGAUAUGCACGCGUCCGGCCGGACUCUGCAAUUUUCUGGACGCGCCAGAACUAGAAGAGUUCUUGGGCAAGAAGAGUCACGAAGAUGAGAGACUGAGAGUGGUCUACCGCAGUUACGCUACUCUGCACUUCGUCUUCCUGGUGGAUGCGUCGGAGAGCGAACUAGGUAUCUUGGACUUGAUACAAGUUUUUGUAGAGUCACUAGACCGUGCCUUCGAGAACGUAUGCGAGCUGGAUCUCGUGUUUCACUUUGACGAGGUUCACCAUAUUCUGGCGGAAGUGAUUCAGGGAGGACUCGUACUGGAGACCAACCUCGACGAGAUAGACAGAUCGAUAAAGCAAGCGGCGCAAGCGAGGAAGACAUCCUUUGCGUCCUCCAACCCUCUCUCACUUGGUGGCGGUGGCGGUCUGGGCCAGCGCUCCGCUGGAUUGCAGACACCUCUGGGUUGGCUCACGGGCAAGCUUUCGGGAGUCGGCGCCAUAUGACUAGAUGUUCUCAUCCUACAGGCUCUUGCACAAUUAUCACGAAGAGAGACCUCGGCAGGAACUGUAUAAUGGUAGUGCUGCUUCCCUGUAGCUAUAGUUGUAAAUCUAUCCGGCUGUGACAAGCAGUGCAUGACGG